AUGAGAGCUGAGAUAGCAAAAUUGGCAAACCAAAUGAAUAGAAUGACAAUGCAACAGACUCAACAGAUGCAACAUGUACAACAGAUGUCUCUUUGCUGCGAACUAUGUGGUGACAACCAUAUGAGUGACAUGUGCCCUACAAAUCCAGAAUCUAUAUACUAUGUGGGACAACAGAGCAGGGGUCCAAUGAAUCAGAAUGCACAAUAUGGGAACACUUAUAACCCAAAUUGGAAGAAUCAUCCCAACUUCUCAUGGGGUGGAAAUCAGCCGAAUCAGAAUCAUUAUAAACCCCAAGGAAAUUUCAAUCAACCUCAGAAGCCACCUCAACAGGUAGAAGAGAAUGGGAAUGAUUUGCUGAAGCAGUUGUUGCUUUACAAUCAACAGCUCAGGAUCAAUUUCAGAAAUUUGGAGCGCCAAAUGGGACAACUUGCCAGUGCUCAAAACACUAGACCAAUUGGAGCUCUCCCGAGUGAUACUGAGCCUAAUCCUAAGGCUCAAGUCAAUGCGGUUACCUUGAGAAAUGGAAGAGAAUUAAAAGAAGUUCCAGAGAAAAAGAAGUAUACAUCUAGACCUGAAGGAGAAUUACUUCCUAAGCCCGUUGAGGAGAAUAAGAAUGAAAACCCAGAAAUUGUGACAAGGCCACCACCUCCGUUUCCACAAAGACUUCAAAAGCAAAAAGAUGAUGCUAUGUACAAGAAAUUCUUAGAUAUUUUGAGCCAAGUGCGUGUGAAUUUGCCUUUGGUGGAAAUUUUGCAAAAAGUGCCUAAGUAUGCAAAGUAUCUCAGAGAUAUUGUGGCAAAUAAGUGA